AGCGCCGGGAGUUGGUCGGUGUCCGCACACAUACUCUCCCCGCUAUCCAAAGGCCUAUUCAAGAGGGCUAUUAUGGAGAGCGGCGCUCAAUUUGACAGCAAAGAGAGAGAUGUGGUCAACAAAACUGAGGCCAUAUCUCAGGGCAAAGCAAUGGCCACACAAUUGAAAUGCAAUGAAACCGAGAAUUGGAUACAAUGUUUGCGAAGAGCGGACGCCAACGAUAUACUGAAAUGCGAGACUCAGUUCCCAAUUAACCCGUUAUUUGAAACAGAGUUUUUACCCAUUACUGCCCAACAGGCUUUUGACCAGAAAAAAUUUAAUACAGAUAUUGAUUUACUGGUUGGCAUAACACACGACGAAGCAUCUGGUUGUCCGACAUAUCUGUUCGCCAAACGGUUAGCACAAACUGUCAAAGAGUCGCAAAGAGUUUACUUUUACGAGUUGUUUUAUGGAAGCGAAUAUUUUGGUAAACAAUCAGGUCACUACGACUCUGAUUGGCCGCAACUAUUAAAUGAUAACCCGAUGGGUAUGCCUAAAGUGCACGGUAUAGAUCCCACAAACCUAACGCUCAUAUUGAAUGAUCCGUUUCAUCAAACAUGUGAUGGCGUGUGGGCUCGCUAUUUCUUAUAA